AAGAUGGACGAAGACGUCCGCACUAUUUGGUGUGGUAAUCUCAGUGAUAAGGUCUCCGAGGAGAUCCUGUACGAGCUGUUCAUCCAGGGUGGUCCUGUGCAAAAAAUUUCCAUUCCAAAGGAUCGCGAUGGUAAGCAAAAGAAUUUUGGCUUUGUGACGUAUAAGCACGAAGUAUCUGUUCCGUAUGCCCUGGAUUUGUUUGACGGUACAGCACUUUUCAAUAGGGUACUGAACAUGAAAUCAAGGAACAAUGUUUAUGAAAAUUCUCAGUACCAGCAGCAGCAACAACAGCAAAUACUGCAUAUGCAACAACAUCAACAGCAACAGCAAUUACUACACAUGCAACAGCAGCAGCAAUUACUGCAAAUGCAACAGCAGCAGCGUACUCCAAAGUAUGAUAACAGGCAUCAAAACGUUCAAAAUCAUUUGCAGCUUGGGCAGCAAAUUUUAUUGGGUUCAAUGAAUCCACUUUCCUUUGCUCAAAACAACAUGUACAUGGUGCCAGGUUCCAUGUCGUAUCCUAGUCAAAACUCCACUUACUUGCCAGGCCAAAUGAAUCAACGUGUGGACUCUGAUAACAAGAGUAAUAAUGGAAGCAGUAGAUACAACAACAGAAGUCAUCCCUACAGAGAUCAGUACAAUGACAGGAACGAUAAGCAUCACGAAAGUCACAACAAAAGUAUCCGGGAUCAGAAAUCUUAUAAACACGCAUCGUCACACAGAUCGAAUCGACAUGAUAAUAGAAGAAAACGUCGAUAGAAAAGUAAUCUUCCACUCAAAGUAAGAUUCAACUACACAUUCUGUUUAACAAGGUAAACUUUGAUAAAAGUUCGUUAAAAAUCACUUUGAGAUAUUUGUCAAUGCUAUACAUGAUUCAUUGGAUGAUUUAUGUAACUGUUGAAAAAUAACAAGUUUUUUAUUAGAAAUCGUUUCAUAAUGCUCAAGUACUGCUUCAAGAAUAUAAAUUUUAAUCAAAGUUUUCCUUUUGUAUAUACACUGAUGAACAUUUAAUAAAAUACUGUAUUUUGAAAUCUCUAUUUUUGCAUUUGAAAAUUGAAUUAGUACUUUGAUUUUGCUACAUUAUUUCAAGCAUAACUUUUUUUACACCUGAAAAUAGUUUUAUUCAUUUUAUUUAUUGAAAAAAAAUUUAAUGAAAAUAUAUGCAUGAAUUCGCGGCUUUUGAUAUUUAUCUCCAUUAAAAAAGUCACGGUUAAUCUUGAAAAGUAAUAGCUUGCAAUAACCUUACGAUUUGAAGUUAUAAUAUCUUUACAAACAGAAAUUCGA